GCUUGCUUUUCCCCUCUCUGGUUUGCGUCGCUUCUCUCCCCGUAUUCUAGCAUUUUAUUAGCUACUUCGUAUCCGUGUGUGUGUGUAGGUUUUGUGGUGCAAGUGGGUGCCUGCAAUGGUCGGAUAACAGGUUCCGGGCGGCUGGUUCAGGGUUGUGAUGUGGCCUCAUGUGCUUCUAAGUUAUUAAAACACGUCGCCCACAUCGCCGUGGAAACCCUUCACGAAGCGAUGUGCAAUUCCUAAAAACAAUGUCAGCGAAGGGAGCCCUCGAAGCACUAUGGAGUGCCUACCAAGUCAAGAGAAAUGCCACUACACUCUCAGAGUACAUGGUGGAAUUUCGGCGUCAGUACGGAGAUUGCUUGAAAACCGAUCUCCAGGUUAACCACAGCAGGGGCGGUUCCGGGAGCGGUCCCCACCUGAUCGACCUCCCCGACGGCUUUCUGCAAGGGCUCGAGACGUACCUCAGGGAGUGCAGCGAUGACUGCAACACCGGUGUCACCGUGGACACCGUGCACAAGGCCAGCGUGGCCGUCCAAGUGCUCACCAUACUGUCACGCAACUUCAGCAACAUUCCGUUUGUCUCAACCAGUGAAGCAGUGCCUCUGACCAUUGUGAUUUCUUCAGCUGUAGCCAACCAGUACACAAAACAUUCUAAGGAUGCCACAGACCAGAACACGGCUGGCUUCUUACUCUCUGUGCUCACUUUUCUCGAAGUUCUUUAUGACCCUCACCUCAUCUGGCAGAUGACCUGUUCAAGAGUUUCAGUGGACACAACGAAAUGCAGGGUGAGCCCAUCGCACCUUCAUCUGGAGGUCAUCCCUUUUUUCUACGAUUGCCUCUCGUCCAAGCCUUGCUUUCUGCCUGCCGCGGUCCAAAUGAAGCUCAUUCAUGUCUUUGGAGCCAUCAUUUGUGGAGCUCAGCACAAUGCGCAAGUGGCAAUAAACCACAACACGGUGGACAUCCUGUUCCAGCGUCUGAGGGAGCAGGAGUGUUCGCUCGAAGUGAAGAUGACUGCGGUGCGCUGCAUCAUGCAGGGAAUAGUCACCCUCUGUGCCUGCGUUCCUGAAGCCAGGAAAGUGGACCUGAACGAGUUUGUCCGCGAGUAUCUAGGAACUCUGUCUCGGCUGAUGACGGAAGAAGAGAAGCCGACUCAAGUCGACACUGCUCAGUGGAUGAUGACUGGCCUUCAGGAACUGUUGUCAACGAAUGGAAACGCUGCUCUGAAGAAGGUGUUUCACAACAACGAACUGAUUGAACGCCUUAUCCGCUCGCUCCACGGCACGAGGUUAAAGAGCAACAGUGCCCAGAAGAUUGCCGCGUCAUCCGUGAGGCUGAUUCACGUCUUCCUCUCUAGGUUUCCCUUUGCAAAGAAGCACUUUGCGAGCAUGCAAGGUUACCGCACCCUCUUCAGCACUCUCAAGACCCUGGGAGAACCCCACCAGGCGACCCUCGAAGCUCUUCUGGAGUGGCUUGUCGAAGAGACCCCCCGGAGGGAACGGAGCUGCACUCCGGUGCUGCGGAACCUGGACGUGAUGAUCCACCUGCUCCACUGGCUGCCUCAGAUGGAGUCGCGCGGAAUGCAGCUCUGGCUGGUGGAGCAGCUGGAGGGAACCGUGCAGGGCUCCCUCCGCUCCAGGCUCGACUGCACCCGGGCCGGAGUCAUUUCGGCGCUCAUCCAGGUCCUGGGCCGGAGCACCAGCCUCGGCGGCAAGGCCGUCGGACGUCUCCUGCACUUCCUGGUGACCUUGGGAUCCUGUUCCAUGAGCACGGCGGAAUUGAAGGCGCUCUUCCAUCUGCUAAGGCCCGACGCAUCCGGAGAGCAGCACCAGUACACAUUGCCGUUGAUGUAUGCCCUGUCAAACAUGGUCAAGAGCGACGGUUGGCUCGGUGCUUCGCAUUUUUUCGACUUCAGCGAUCCAGAUGAAGGGAUUGUCAUUCCUGCCAUCCGAAAGUGGCCUGGCUCUGGCUUUGGAUUCCACGCUUGGUUACGCUUGGACAAGCCGGAUUCCCGAAAGGACUCUCCGUCGAGGAGACACCUCUACAGCUUCUCGACUCCAAAUGGAUCUCUAGAGGCCUUUUUCACCGGCGGUGGAAAACUGGUGGUUGCAGUGUCGACAAAAAAGGAAUACUAUGCGGUCCCUGUAGAAGGUGCCUCAUUGGACGACGGGACCUGGCAUAGUGUGGACAUCUGCCAUACAGCGGCACGUAGACCGUUCAUAAACAGCACCGUGAUAGUCUACAUCGACGGGAGGCAGCGUGCAAGCGUACAAGCGAAGCUGCCUUCGUUGAGUGAGUUCUCGCACUGCCGCGUGGCUUGCUGUAGCACGGGCAACGACGCAGCCGUGAGCCGUAGGACGAGCGGGGGCUCGGGCGAUUCUGCCACGUCGCCGGGGGCCCCCACGACUGAGGGGGGACGCUUUGGCGCCUCUCCAACGGACCCUGGCAACGCAGCCGGCGUCAGCUUCCUGAGGAACACCACCCUGGGUUCUUUCUUGAGCGGCUGGGAUGCCGAGAAGAUCUUCUCGAUGGCCCCCAGCGUGCCGGCGAACCUCCGAAGUGCCUUCAACGCGGACCCGGACCCUUCGAUCGUCGUCACGCCCGUCGACUCGCACGAGCAGGUCUGGGGUACUUCCGAAGGUCUGAGGGGCCAAAUUGGUUCGCUGUGUGUCUUCAGUGAACCGCUGCAGGCAUCUCAAGUGAAGAUCAUGUACACUGGAGGUCCCAAGAACUACACCCUGUUUAAGAACGAGGACUCCGUGGAGGUAGCUGACCUCUUGGCUAAAUUGGUCGUGUACUACGACGCAAAGGCUUCCGUGGAUGGCGUCUGCACCAAUCUGGCACCGACGCUGUCCCAGUACGACGGCAGGGUGACCGGCCGCUACUGCCACACGCAGAACGUAAAGGACAUCAUCAACCUGAUUGGAGGGUAUCCCACACUUUACCUCCUGCUCGAGAACUCUGGCAAGCCGGUUCCUAAAGGUUCGCCGAGCUUCGAAACGACUUCGCCCCCUUCUAGCAACAGACCGUCCGAGGAGGUGGUUGACGACUGGAUUGUGGUACCCUCCGCCUCGUCUUCGUUCUCGGGGCCACUGGCAUCUCUUCUGCUUGACGUGCUGCCUGUCCCAGGCGCCCUCACUAAAACGAUGACAAAGGACUUGAGGCUUGCUCAGAACCAGGUGUCUAGUUUUCUGGUGAUAGUGCAGCAUCUGAUGAACGGGAGCUCUGAGAACCAGAUGCAGCUCCUCGCACGCACCGGAAUACCAACCAUCGGAGCUCUGAUGCAGAGGGUACCAGGACACUGUAUCGACGUAAAUGUUUUAAUGGCAGUUCAGCUACUUGUGGAGAAUGCCAGCAGUGCAGAGAAUGCUCAGGAAAUGCUGAAGCUGGUCUAUCAGCACAUCCUCUUCGAUUUCCGGAUUUGGAGCAAGGGCAGCUUUCCUGUUCGACUAGGACAUAUCCAGUACCUGACCACCAUUAUCAAAGAAGACAGAAAGUAUUUCAGGAAGAAGUAUGGUCCCAAGUUUCUGCUCGACAUGGUCCAGAUGUUUUAUAGCGAUUGCAGCCUCCUGUCGUCGGACGACGUGAAGACGAUUCGGAUGGCCGUCCUGGCCCUCGUUCGUUUCUACAUGCUCAGAGACGUCAACAUCCAGGACGUCAAUGCGGUCGUCUCGUACGUCUUGUCCCAAAAGAAGGAAGAGUUGGUGAAAGAAGUGGUCGAGAUUCUGCUGCAGCUACUCGACGGCUCUGCCACGAGGGACCAGCUCGUUCUACUGCUUUACGAGCCCAAUUGCGCGGAGCUCUUUUAUUGCCUCCUCCUGAACCGAGAGUUCUCGAGCUGUACAAAGGUCAAGGUGCUCAAGCUGAUCGAAGUACUGCUCAAAAGCGACAAGGUCUACGAGAAGUCAAAGUCGCGGCUGCGGCUCUCCGAAGUCGGGUUUGCGUCCUUGACAGGACUCGUGUCGGCAAACGAAGUGACCGCCGAGGUCGCCAAGGAGCUGGUCAACCUCAUUCUCCUGACAGACAUAUCGCAAGGUUUCCAAGGAUUCCUUGCACUGCUCAACCUGAUGAAGACCAUGGACGUAGAAGUGAAGUACUAUGCGGCACAAAAGCUGUUGUCGGCGCUGAACGAGAACGCCGCCUCGCUGCCCACGCUGGCUCAGCAGACCGGCUGGCAGGAGUGCGUUCUGAGCUUGCUGAUCAAGGAGCCAAUCUCGGAGGCAAGCUGCGCCAAUAGGGCAACCCUGCCCAGCCUGGACCUGAUCGACCUCAGCUCGCUCGAGACGGAGGCCGCCAAUGCGGACUCUGAAAAGCCAGGGUCCCCUGUGCUGAAGCGUGGGACGCUGCAUCGCCUCUCCCAGAGAGCCCUGGUGGCUCAGCAGUCCAUCGAGGAGAUCCUUCCGGGUUCCCCCAAGGCGGCCUCCCAGCUCCUCUCGCACCUCAAGGAGCACAUCUUUGACUUCGAGAUCACCCAGCUGCUCGGAAGCGGCCGAUCACGAUCCAACAGCCAGUGUUCGAGCCAGGAGGACCUCUCCCUAGCCGGUCCGGAUGCGGCUCAUCGUAGCAGUCCGAUCGUGGUGACGCCGGCUCCGACGCGCAAAGCACCCGAGCUGAGUCCACGCGUCUCACCUGCACAGCAUCUUUUCGGCGGUUCUCCGGCGCGAAGUCCAGUCGAGAACGGUACAGCUGGUGGCGGUGGCAUCGAAGCUCGUCUGAUUGAGACCGUGGUCGAGGCCGCCUUCCUGUUAGCCUGGAGAGGAAUUGAGGGUUGUUCGAAGCAUUCCUGGAUGGAGAGGGGUCAAGUCCUGGUAUGCAUCAACAAGCUUGCCCUGACCAACGAGCUUUUUUCGUCCCACCUCGACAUCAAACGUCAGCUUUUCGAGAGACUGCUUCAGGCCUGCUGCUCCAACCUGCAGGAAUCGGGUCAAGCCAACGUCACCCAUGCUGAAAACGCGUCGGAGCUCAUGAAGCUCGUCUUCGAUUUCGUCUGCUACGAAAAUGUGGAGGAUGAGCACAGGCUGAGCGAGAAGCUUCUCGAGAACAUCCUGAUGGUGAUGGACCUCCUGCUGGUGUUUGGCGAGUCGCCCGUGGACGAGGGCUGGGAGGAGAUGUCCAAGCUGGCGCUGGGGAUCCUUCUCGUGUGUGCCGGGAGUCGCAAGCUGGAGCUGUGCGCUAUGGCCACCGCGAGACUUCACACCCUGGUCCAGACGAGGCCCCUUGCGUCCCUCGAGGAGUCCUGCUACCUGCUCGCGGGCAUCAACGACGUCCUGGCCAGGGCUGUUCGAGAAGGCGACCAGGAGCACUACUCGUUUGUGAUUCCCGUGGUGCGGGCGCUGCUGGAGAGGGUGGGGCUGCCCCUGCGCACCUGGCAGCACCUGCCACUGCUUCCCCACACGGACGCGGGGCCCUCCUUCUUCGACCACUUCCAGAAGUACGCCCUCACCCCGGAGUGGGCCUCGUUUGUCGCCAACGUGGUGAAGCCGGCCCAAGAGCAGUACAGCUCCGUGCAGCUCAAGGAGCAACACGAGACGAUGAAUGGAUUCUGGAACCAGUGCUACGAGGCCAUCAUGGUUGCCAUGCACAGGAGGAGCAGAGGAGUCGGAGAGUGCAAGCUGCGCUUCCAGUCUCAGAUUCUGAGUGCCUUCCAAACGAGGCUGGCCGAAGAGCAGCAGAGGAUCCUGGCCGUGCAGACGAACCUCCGGAACCAGCACCUGUUCAUCUGCCGCCGCUGGAAGUCGGCCAAGCUUUUCCUCACCGGGCCGUGCGGCCCGUGGGCCUCCAGCGCCACCCAGCCGCUCUACUGGAAGCUGUCCCAGCAGGAGAACUUUGCACGCAUGCGGCUCAAGCUGACGCUCAACCAAAGCUUCGACAGCCAUUACCAGGCCAGCUGUCUGAGGGACAACCAGGGCAUCUCUACCAAUCAGAACACGAGCUGGCUGCCUCCCAUCACUGCGGAGGCGCGUGCCAUGCAGCAGAAAGAGGAUGUGGUUGCGGAAGAAGACAUCCUGGCACUUCAAGGGCAACUACAGGACGUCGAAGCCCACGACGGAGCGGUCGACAAGAAGAAACCCGUGAUCGAGGAGGACUGCGACCUGGUGACCUUGAUGAAAGUGGUCAAGGGUCGCUUCGAAGUGACCGCCACCCAGAUGUACUUCAUCGACCUCUCGCCGGUCAGGGAAGAAGGCGAGAGGCACGACUUCACAUAUCCUCUCACAAUGCUGAGGGAGGUGCAUCUGCGAAGGUACAACCUCCGACGGUCGGCCCUCGAGUUCUUCCUGCUCGACCAGACCAACUUUUUUCUCAACUUCACGACCAAGACGAGAAACAAGAUGUUUGGGCGGAUCGUGGCGCUGCAUCCGCCCAACCUGCUCUACACGUCCGGGACCCGGUCUCCGGCGGAGCUGCUGCGAGCCUCGGGCCUGACACAGCGCUGGGUGAACCGGGAGAUCUCGAGCUUCGAGUACCUCAUGCACCUCAACACCAUUGCUGGGCGUACCUACAACGACCUCAGCCAGUACCCCGUGUUUCCCUGGGUGCUGGCGGACUACAGCUCCUCCGAGCUCGACCUGGACGACCCCACGAUCUACCGCGACCUGUCACGACCUAUUGGCAUCGUCAACCCCAAGUACAUCGAGGAGGUCAAAGCCAAGUACGACAGCUUUGUGGACAUCACUGGGACAGUGGAGAAGUUCCACUACGGCACUCACUACUCCAACUCAGCCGGCGUGCUUCACUACCUCGUGCGCCUCGAGCCCUUCACGUCGCUUCACAUCGAACUGCAGAGCGGCAGGUUCGACGUAGCAGACCGCCAGUUUCACUCGAUGGAGGGCACCUGGAAGAUGCUGAUGGAAAGUCCCAACGACGUCAAGGAGCUCAUCCCGGAGUUCUUCUACCUGCCAGAAUUCCUCACCAACAUGAACGGGUUUGACCUUGGACGGCUGCAGAGCUCCAAGGAGCGUGUGGACGACGUGAAGCUUCCGCUCUGGGCGAGUUCACCAGAGGACUUCAUCUAUAAGCACAGAAAGGCACUGGAGUCGGAGUAUGUGUCCUCCCACCUGCACGAGUGGAUAGACCUGAUCUUCGGGUACAAGCAGAAGGGCCCGGCUGCCGUUGAGGCGCUCAACGUCUUCUACUAUGUGUCUUAUGAAGGUGCAGUCGAUCUGGACGCCAUCAAGGAUCCUGUGCAGCGAGAGGCCACGGAAGGAAUCAUCAACAACUUCGGCCAAACUCCCUGCCAGCUGCUCAAGGAACCGCACCCGAAGCGGCUGUCCCAGGAAGGCGCCCUGCUGCGGAUGACCAAGUCGGACACAAAGCCCCCAAACCUUUUCCUCUUCCUGCAGAACCUCAAGGCCUACGUCGUGGAGGCACCGCUGAGCUGCCCCGUGGUGCACGUGAGUGUGCCGCGCUCGCCCGCCCGGUCGUUCAUGCAGCAUGGCCUGAUGGACACCCUGGUGACGGUGGGCACGGACGGCUCUCUCGGGGUGCACGGCUGGCUGCCCUACGACCGGACGCGCUCCUACCCAAACUACUUCACCUUCGAGCGGGACCCCGCCCUCCUCAACGCAAAGAGUUCCAAAAGGCUGGCCGGCGUCUUCCAGCCAGGCGCCAAGGUCCACAGCCGCCUGUUCGUUCUGAGCUCUGACGCCAAGUUCCUCGUGUCUGGGGGGCACUGGGACAACAGCGUCCGUGCCUAUAGUCUCCUGAGGGGCAAGCAGGUGGCGCAAGUCAUUCUACACAAGGAUGUGGUCACAAGCCUUGCCAUGGACUCCUGUGGCAUGUAUCUCAUGAGUGGGUCACGUGACACUACCUGCAUCCUCUGGGAACUUAAUCAGCAGGCAACGUCUGGAAGCUUCCUUCCAAACAAGCCUUUCCAGACGCUGUGCGGCCACGACGACGAAGUGACCUGCGUCGCGGUGGUGACGGAGCUUGACAUGGCCCUUUCCGGAUCUAAGGACGGCACUGUGAACGUACACAGCGUGCGCGAGGGUCACUUCCUGCACACCCUGAGGCUUCCCGGCGACUCACCGGAGCAGGUGGCGCUGCUGACGGUGUCGCACCUCGGCUUCAUCUGCAUCCACGGCUGCCCCAACCCACAGGCACUCCUGAAAGGAGGCCACGCUCUGCAUCUAUACACGAUCAACGGUAAAUACCUGAUGAAAAGGGAGGUGCCCCGGGCCAUCUCCGACAUGGCGGUCUACGACGAUUUCCUGGUCACCGGGGACGACGACGGGCUUCUGGUCAUCUGGGAGUUGUUCGGCUUGGUCCAGCGGGCCUCCCUGCCCCUGUGCGCGCCAAUCCUGACGGUGGCCCACACUCCGACGCACUCGCACAUCGUCUGCAGCCUGGAGGACGGGAAGCUCGUCGUCGUGGGCGUGUCCACGUCCUCCGUGCGGCCGACGUGAAACGUCCCGCAGCGCGACCUUUCCUCCCUUCAUUUUUCCACGCUCGGCUUCUAGGAGGUUUGGCGCACACACGCAGACGCCGCCCAUCCGGCCCGAUGCCGUUCACGUUGCAAAACGGCUUCGUUUCCGUAUUUCCGGUGGCAGGACAUGUGCGACCGUAUUCACCAGACGCGACUAACCCGUUUAAUCGCCAACCAACUACGUCGUCGAUUGAAACGACCGCGUGGCAGGUGGUAACCGCAGCUUAGCAAGCGCUCGGUGUCAAUCGACCGCGUUUGGGGAUUAGUCAUGCCGAGCGACUUAAAAGGCGACUGAAAAAUCUUAGUUGGGGGUGUACCAGGAAGAAUCGGACCAGCAAACGUCGCGGUAAUAGACACGUUCAGAAGUCUGAGAUAACGUUAAAGCGAUCUCGGCAAGGCGCCGGACGACGAGAGAGCCCGCAUUUACGGGCGCUUUCAUAUUUGCGUACGUUGCUGGCAAUGGGGCUUCCGCGUUUUCUCCCUCGAGUUGUUUUUGUUUCCUUCGAAAAAAACCUGUCCCGGACAAUUAGCCUCUCGUUAAACAUUUUAUUUUUGCUAAUAGAUAUUUAAAUAUUAGUUUUUACGGUGUGAAAUCCCCAUUCACACAGUGGCGUCUAAGUAUGUUUGUGUGCAACUUAUCUCUUUAAGUCACUUGCGCUUGUUACUCCCGACUAGAAAGUCACCCGCUUGCUUCGCGCUCGUGACUACCGCAGGGUCUAGUCGCUCUUUAGACGCCAAUUCUUCUCUCAGCGCGCAACUAGUUAGACGUGGUACUAACCUUAAAACGGCGCUGGUUAGUCACGACUGGUGAAUAUGGCUGACGUCGUUUAAGUUAUAAGCUCCGGGCAUGCUUAGAAGCGCUCGGUUUGAAGUUCCUCCAAGACUUACCCACUGUUCGAAGUCUGCCGAACAGUUUUUUUGUCUCUGUAAUCGAGACUGCGGUUAAAUCUCCCUAGUUCAAACUACCGUAUUAACUUCGUAACCAACACUACGGCUUUAUUUCCGUAUUCCCGUUUACGGAGCUACCGUUUAAAUUACGGAAGUUUUGGGCACACACAGAACUGCUCGUUUCGGGAUUCCUCGAAGUUCGCGGAGGUUUGCUACCGUGGUGGGCAGUGUCCAGCUUCCUUCGGCGUCGCAGAGUUUUGACGCGUCUGCCGACACGUUUCGGCUUUGAUCGACGUCACCCCCAGCGAGGCAGGGUUUGGGUCAGAUUAGGGUGCCCAGUUUGCCUUCGAAGUGGCAAUAUAGGUCUAGUGACUCCUCCCAGCUUCCCCCGAUGGUCAAGACCAGUUUGGAGUCGAUGCCGCGUGCUAACCGAACCGGUUCCGGGUGCUGCUACUUCUGCGGUGCCAAGCACGCUUUAGUAGGCGUUAGCUGUAGCAUACUCACAGGGUGUCGUGGAAUGGACCGGGCCGCCGUGGACGCCCUUUUAGUGUCCUCCGAGACCUUUCCUGGCCAACUAGGAAUCGGUCCUUCAGUAGUUUCAUUUUAAGGGAACGAGGGGCGCGCGCUUCAAACGGUUGCCCGCGGAGACGAGGCGACGUAGUCAUUGAGGUGGACGUGAUUAUAGGAGACGUAUUUUCGACAUUCCAGGCGAGAGUUUAGGACGACGGGGCAGUGCAGUCGAUGGAGGGAGAAAUCCCAGGACGCGACGGUUACGUUUUACCGUUGGCGUGAGAAGGCUAUGGUGCUGUUUUGCUUAAGGAUCGUUUACAGGUUGGUAGCGUGAAAGGGGCGGUGCGACUAGGACUUGUUGCCGUAACGCUCUGCCCGGAGUAUGGGUUUCUGACAGUGUAUGCUAAAGUAGAGGCAGGCAGAUAUGUAUACUAAGAAAUCGAGUCUCAUAAAGCUAGGCAUGUUCUUGGAAUGGUGCUUAGGCCGUAGAUAAGGGACCCUCGCACAGAAACUAACGUUUAAAAAUGGAAUGCAUUUUUUUUUUUUUUUUUACCAAAGAGCUUAGGAGGAGACUAAGUUACUCACUCGGUUCAUUCCAAGGUUGCCAACAAAAAUUAACUUUUUUUUUUAAAUAUGAAAAUUUUUUUGGUUUUGUUGCUCAAGUACAGUUGUCAACAAUAUGAGCCUGAACUGCUUGUCGUGCUCCUUUGGGUCACUCUCUGGUUUCGGGGGAAGCCCAGGCCGGGGCUGGAACACGAGGUUCGAGUGCCAGUCUGCGAUCUACACGACAAAUGGAAAGACGGCGGAACUUGCAGGGACCGCGGGAGGCGACGUGCUGCGGCUCAUAAUGUUUGGAUGAAGCAACUGCGCGUUUUCUUUUUCCUAAUUGCGACGCCUCGGACAUACGUCCGGAUCACACUUUCUCAGAGUCUUUUGGAGGCGGCGUACUUAAAACUAACAAUGGAGCGCCACAUUUCGGCAGUCGUCGUUUUGAUCGACAGACGGACCGGCGAAGCGAGCCGGCCGCAGAAGUCGUCGUGCAGUCGUAUUAUCGUCCCUACUUUAUGCAAGACUUCGUGCAGAGCGAGGAGUCGGCAGCACUAACCGACGAGGCAACCGCUCGAAAGACGGAGAGGGGUUGCGCCCGAAGUUUUACGUGUUGUGUUUUGAUACUAAUGGUUGUUAUAUAUAUACAUAUAUAUAUAUAUAUAUACUAGUUGGAGUUUGUUGUUUUAUCGAGAAGCCUUGUUUACGGUUGACUGUACAUUUGUGUAUAUAUACCUGCCAAUGGCGGAGCCGGAGGCUGCAAUCUAUUUAAUAGAGACGUAUCAUAAAUAAAGACGUUACGAUCACAGCAUUGAGGGAGCGUGGUAUCUUUUUACGUUUUGGUUGGGAAGGAUUGAGAAGAGUUGGUCGUUCCCAAACAUGAAGAUGAAACUGCAUAAAUGCCAAUUUUCUACUUGUUGGAUUGACUUGGCUACUUAAAGAUUGCAUUGGCUGCCGCCCGACGAGGUGAUUGGGAAUCCUGCUCGUGCCCCGCGUGGUGGGGCUUAACGGCUCUUGGUGGGCAGCUCAAAAAGCGUAACGCUGCCGAUAUUCAGCGAGGGAAAAAAGGGCCUGAAAAACGGCACGAAAAUAUUGUAGGACCGCUACUAUAGUACUAGUACCUAGCUGCUUGGAACAGCUCGACUUAUGACAGAGUGAUGUUACAAACAAAUUGAUUUUGUUACUGUGGUGCAAUAGUCAGUUUUACUUGGAAGCGGACUGAUAAAGUAGAGU